GCAUGAUAAGAUUAGAACAUGGAGAAUUGGAGACGAAGACUCAGAAGCUAUAGUCCGUAAACUGGAACUUGAGAGUUUAUGAUAGUUAUUUGUUGUACAUUUUAUAAUUUGUUCUACUUUUUUUUUUUUUAUAACCAUUAUUAAUUAAAAUAAAACAUGGUGAAGCGUAAAAGUGAAGUAGCUUUAAUUAACUCUGAACAAAAUAAAUCGAUUAGAGAAAAAUAUUUGAAAACAGACAAAGUAUUUAUUUUAUUUUAACGAUAAAGAUAUAAUAAUUAUUUUCAUUUUCCUUUAUUUUUGUUCAGAAUGCUCGAACGUCUAGUCUUUUCAUGCCAAUUAUGGCAUUGGAAGGCCACGAAGGCGAUAUAUUUUCAACAAAAUUUCAUCCUGAGGGGGACUACCUGGCUUCAUCUGGUUUUGAUAGAAAAAUUUGUAUGUAUAAUAUGUUUAUUCUAUAUUUAUUGUAUUCCUUUUACUUAUAUAUUAAAUCGAAAUUUUUUUAGUUAUAUGGAGUGUAUAUGGCGAGUGUGAAAACUUGGGUGUUCUUAGCGGUCAUUCAGGAGCUAUUUUAGACAUGAAAUUCUCAACGGAUGGAGCAUUAAUAUAUACAAGUAGUAGUGAUAUGACAGUAUCCUUUUGGGAUAUUUAUAAAGGUCAACGAGUAAAGAAACUUAAAGGUAAAACAUUUCAAAACUUCAAAAAUUAGGAUUAAACUAAUAUAAAAUAAAGUAAAAUAUGUACAAUAUACAUUCAUACUUAAUUUGAUAGUCAAAUUAUAAAAAAAAAAAAUGUUGACAUGCAUUUCUUAAUACCAGAAUAAAGAAUUAGUUCGAUUUGACAAAUUUAAUAAAGUUAAAUAUACAUAUAUUAAUAAAAUAAUAAAGUAAAAACUAAAUUAUUAAAAUGGAUGAAUUUUUAAUUCAGAACUAGUUGUAUAAUACAAUUAUCAUAAUACUCUAGGCGACACAUUCAUUCAUUUAUUUAUUUUUUAUUUCUAUAUAUACAUUUUGUGUUCCUAUAUUUAUUUACUAUACAUAUAUUACAUAGUAUAUUAAAUAUACAUUUAUAUGCAAGUUUAAUUCAUUAAAAAUUAGUUUAAUGCAUAUUAGCAAGUUCAUGUAAUUAUGUUAACAUUGUAAAUUAAUAUAACAAAUAUUAUGAAACUAAUUUGUAUAUAAUUAUUGCAAAAUAAUUGUUAAUAUAAUCAUGAUUUUUUUUAAAUUUUAAAUAAAUUGCAUUAAAUUAGUACAAUAUAAUCUGUGUGAAGUACACUAUAGUCUUAUUUAUUUUUCAAUAAGUGUGAGUUUAUUUAAACUAUUAUUACACAUUUAAAUACAUUUAACACUUCUGAUGAUACAGCUUUAUAGGAGAAAAUGGAAUAAGUUAGCAAUAGGCUUAAGGAAUGAAGAAUAAUACUUGAAGAAAAAGAGACUAAGAAUAAGUAGAAGUAAAACGGGAGUAUGAAUUUAGAGGAACAGGUCGAGACAGCUAACAGCAAUUAAUGGUUAUGAAGUGGUAAUAUAGAUUAUGUUGAAAGUUUUAAGUACCUUAGAUUUAUUGUACAAAAGGUAGCAUCAUGAGGAUGUGAAACAUAGGAUUAAGUGUGGUUGGAUAAAGUGGAAAGAGUCAUGUAUUUUAUAUGACCAGAGAAUUCCAUUGAGACUAACAGAUAAGUACAACACUAGUGUGGUGAGGUUGACUAAGUUGUAUGGUUCAAAAUUUUAGGUAGUAGACAGAAAAAUAGAACAGAGAAUGAGUGUAGCAGUGAUGAGCAAACAGUUGAGUGAAGUGACAAAAGGUAGUAGGAUUAGAGAUGAGUACAUUAGAAGUAGCUUAGAAAGUAGAAAAAAUGAGAGCAAAUAGACUGAGAAGGUUUAAACAUGGCACGGGUCAAAGUAAUUUUAAGCAGUAAGCAUUGGAAUGAAAAUAAAUAUAGGAAGAAUUAGAUGGAGAGGAAGACUGAAAUAGAGAUGGUUGCAUGUCAUUGAGAAUGAUAUGAGGAUAGCCAGUUAUGUGAGAUGGAUUAUCUGGUCAAGUGGAAGUUGAGAAAGAGGGUGUUCGACCCCAAAUAGUUGAUAAAGGUAAAGAAGAGAUUCAAAUUUAAACUCCAAAUUACUAAAUCCAUAAAAUGUAAAAUAUAAAACAAAUGCUAUCUGUUUGUGUGUUUAUACAAAAUAAUUUAUUUUCAAUAACAAAUAUUAAUUUAUUUGUACAACAUUUUGUUUGAUAAAAGGUUGUUAAAAAUUAUUUUACACACCAUAUAACAAUUCAAAAAUGUAUAAUAAAAAUAAAAAAGUUAAAAUAGAUUUUAACAAAUUAAUAAUUUUAUAUACAAUUUACACAGAAAUCAUAUUAUAAUAGUAUGAAUACAUUAUAUAUUAAAAGGCUAUGCAUUUUAUCAUUUUUUUUACCAACCCUUGUAACUUGUAUAAUAUAUGGAAGAUAAAUAUCAAAGUUUUUUUUUAUAUAAUUAAGGGAUAAUUUAUAUUGCUUUAGGACAUACUGGAUUUGUGAAUUCUUGUGACUCUGCAAGACGUGGACCUCAAAUGAUUACUAGUGCUUCAGAUGAUUGUACCAUAAAAGUGUGGGAUCCUAGAAAGCGUGGAGGUGAUGCAGUAACUACUUUCAAUAAUAAUUUUCAAGUGAUGUCUGUUUGUUUUAAUGACACUGCUGAUCAAGUCAUAACUGGUGGUCUAGAUAAUGAAAUAAAAGUAUUAUUGUUAUUUAUAUUAUGUUUUUGUAGAUUUUAGGUAAAUUUUUAUUUAGUAUGAUUAUUAUAUUUUUUAGAUUUGGGAUUUACGUAAAAAUGCAUUACUUCAUCGUUUACCAGGUCAUACAGAUACGGUGACUGGACUUGAAUUAUCACCUGAUGGCUGUUAUUUAUUGUCUAAUGCAAUGGACAACAGCUUAAGAAUAUGGGACGUCAGACCUUAUGCGCCAACUGAUAGAUGUUUAAAAGUUUUUUCUGGACACACGCAUAAUUUUGAAAAGGUUCUGAUAUAUAUAAAAAGUAUACUUGCUUAAUUUUAUUAUACUUUAUUUUUUUUUAGAAUUUAUUACGAUGUGCAUGGUCACCAGAUGGUUCAAAAGUGUCAGCGGGUUCAGCUGAUAGGUUUGUGUAUAUUUGGGAUGCUAAUACUCGGAGAAUAUUGUAUAAGUUACCAGGUCAUAAUGGUAGUGUAAAUGAUGUAGAUUUCCAUCCCAAAGAGCCUAUAAGUAAGGAAAAAUUAAAAUAAUACAUAGUUGCAUAGUAGUGUAAGGAUUUUUACUAUAAAAUUGAUAAAAUAUGUGAUUGAAUUAUUAUGUGAUAGAUUAUUUAAAUCUGAUUAAUGUUAAAUGUUAUAACAUAAGUAUAUAUACUUAUUAAUUAUAUCAUUUUUUUUUUCAGUUAUGUCUGGAUCUAGUGAUAAAGUUGUUUACCUUGGUGAGUUUGAAUGAGUUCACUAAAACAUAACUAACACUAUCGUAAUUUUAAGUUGGAUUUUUUUUUUUUUUUUUUUUUAUUCAUGUUAAAUUUACAUUACUUUGUAUUUAUUUUGAUUAAACUGAUUGUCAUAAUAAUAUAAUAGAAUGUAUAUUAUGUUAUAGUUUGUUAAUUUUUCUGUUUGUAUUCAUAUGAGUAUUAAUAUAAUUAAUUGUAUCUACCACAAUAGAAUUAAUUUAAUUUGUGUAGUGGUAGAUGGUGUGGUACAAUUAUUUGAAAAUGACAAGAACUGUGUUAGAUAACAUGACCUGGUCGUGUACUAACAUACUGUACACAAAAUAAAAGCCUACCUGAUUUAGUUUUGUAUUGUAAAUCGAGGUUUAUUUUCAUUUAAAAGUCCGACAUGAAGGCCCCCGAAUAAAAAAAUUUUACAAUUAAAUAUAGUAGACAAUAGUAUUAAAAUAUUAUGAUUUUAAAAUUUACAAAUUACACUUUUUGACCAUUAUUAUUUGUACUAUUUUGUAAUUACCCAUUUCAAGUUCAGGUAUUUUGAUAAUAGCUAUUAUAUAUAUAUAUAAUAAUAUUGUAUAAUUAUAUUAUUAUAAUUAAUAAUAUAAUAAUUAUAUAUAUAUAAUAGCUUAUAUAUCUAAAAAUUAUAAUUAUAUAUUAAUAUUCUAUAAUAGUAUAAUAGUAUCUGUCAAAGUUUGAGGGAAGACUGUACACUUGCCCUCCUCUCUAUACAUUAGAUAAAAGGCGCACCAUUUACAAAAAAUUACAACUUGUUAGUGCUUAGGUUAUUUUCUCGCGCAACCACUUUUUUGCACAUGGACUAUACAAAUACCUUUCUCUUUCCAUUUACACAGACUGCUUAUUUUAAUUUCAGUCACAGGUGGUUAAAAUGUGUUUUUGGUGCAUUAUGUGUUUAAAAAUAUAUCAACAAUUUUAUUUUUUGUUAAAUGAUUAUUG